AUGAAGGACGGGCGUGUUCGAGAGGACAUCCUGCUUGACGAGGCUGGGAACCACUUGGCGAGCGCUCCGAGGAGGAUGUUGACAUGGGCGAACAGGACGAAGUCUCCGAGUCAGGUGUCCGCGUCAACACGCAAAGACAAGAAGCACGAGCGAGUGGCUUCUGUCCGCGCUGCCACCAGUCGUCGUCAGAGUGAACACACCUUUGAGGAGUCUGCCGCCCCAUCUCGGGAUAGUCACUCCUCGAAGACGAAAGCAAGCAAGGCCAGCUCAUCUGCCAAGAAGAACCAAGUGUCAGUGACCUCGAAGACAUCCGGUCUCAAUGAGAACUGGCGUGCCAUCAUCGACGGUGCGGGCCUUACGCAGGAUCCCACUGCGGACUUAACGACCACAGCUCCCAAGAAGUGUCGCACGAAGGGCAGCUUGAAGGGCGGACCAAAGGAGGAGAACGCAGUGCAGGAGAAAGGUCUCGAGGACGGUGAUGUCGUUUCGAGGAAGGAAGACGCAGUGGUGCUUCGGAAAUCACAAGCACAGGCGUCCGUUUGUCAUCUCAGUUUGUGGACAUCAUUGAUGUCGAGGCGGAAGCUACACCUGCCAAAGCAAAACGGACGCGCCGUGCCCGCCGAUGUACCUCAAGAGAAGUCUAGAGGCGCUGCCGCUGUCGUCCCCGCCGCGAUCUUUGCGGUGUGGUCCACGAAAAUUCAUCCGACACUGAUCGAACACUACGGUUCCCUCGACAAUCCCUGGGAUAUCAGCCUCGAUGACGUCCAAGAGACCAUCACGGCAAUUUUGUCUAAAGUGUGUCCGAGAUUCCGAUUCGUCGACCUCACCGACACGCAAUGCAACAAGUUCAUUGAACAUUGUGCUACGAAGGUCCGUGACUGGCGCAAGGGCCUUCUCUUGAAGGCGAAACGGCUUGUCGAUGCCGACCUCAAGCUUGUCGAAGGUGGAAAAGCUGGCCGUGCCAAGCACGUCGAGAAUGCUCUCAAGCCUCAUGGAGCGGCGUUCAAUAAUGUUGCUGACGAAAAGGCUGGCCGCAUGAAAUCUGUAUACAUACUGAAGACGUUCGCGAAGCAUCUCAAAAUCCUCGAAAACUCACACAUACACCGGCCGCGUCCUUAUGGUGCCCUCGCCUUGUGUUAUGCAGCAGUGCAGGCUUCGUUUGAGCAGUGGGAGUCUGGCAGUGACAAAGGGACCCCGGCAUGGGAUGGGGAUGCCGCGAGAGACCUGGUUCUUGGUGCCUUCAGGACUAACAUCGCGUGGCUCUCGCGUCAUCCGGAUCAGUUCGAUGCGAUCAUCAAGGCAGCGAAAGACACCCAGAAGAGCGAGAAGUACCGACAGCCACGGGAGCCCAAGCAACGGGUCGUGCGUCUUUACACACCCAGUGAAUCUGAAGGGGAGGGAGGCGAUGCACUGGGAGAUUCUGGACGCCAGUCGUCGACUGAUGUUGACGAAGAUGGGGACGAGUACAACUAG